CGGCUUCUUUUUGCUCGCUCGGCGAGGGCGCAGGGCAUCGAUUCUCGCGCCCUCUCGACCGGUAAAUCGCGAUUUUCUAACCCUAUUCUCCUAUACAUGACAGAUACGAUUAUGAAAGAACGGUGAUACCCAAUGAGCAUUUUCGCUUUGCGUUUCAAGUGUCAGUAAAUUAUUACGAAUGAUAUAAUUUGCAGUCGACAAUUUGAAUUGUUAUCAUCCCCAUUUUUUUUAACAAAACAGCGUUAAAAUUUACCCGAGACUGUAGUCUUGUAUGAGAUAUAAAUAAUUUAGUAUAAAUCCAAAUAAAGUGGCUACACACGUUCUAUUGGAUUGUCCUAUAAGUUUCUUCCGUUUUGUUUCUCUAAAAUUGUUUACUACAAAAUUUCCAAAACGGUAAAGUUUUAUUGCAAUGUGUCCAACUCUGUAAAAAAAUCUUUUAACCCUUUGAGAGCCUCGCCUUAUUUCCAUUUCCAUUCUUAAUUUGCCAGCAAAUUACCCAUCGAGGUGAUUUUUAUAUCAUUCAUUUUUCUUACGAACUUUUGUCUGACGGAAAAAAAUUUUUAGGUGCAUGGUCCAAAGACGGAGGAUGAAGCAGAAAAUCUCAAUGAAACGCAAAGAGUUUACUCCUAACGGCCAAGGAUGCAUGUAGUCUGGCGUUGUCAUGAUGGAAAAUGACAUCUCGUCUGUUUUGUCAAUUUUGGACGCUUCCUGGCGAUGUUUCCUAUACUCUCCGUUCGAUUACUAUUUGUUCCUUUCACAAAAAAAAAUUUCCUUCGUCAAAAUGAAUAAUAUCAAAAAUCACCUCGAAGGAAGAAGAAAGGCAUUGCGAGGCUUCCGUAGAGAUGGGAGAAGGUUAUUGAACGGAGUAGGGCAUGUAUAUUGCAAUAAAACUUUGCCGUUUUGGAAAUUGUUGAUGGACAUUCGAAGGAUUUGCCCGACGUUUUCGGAUCGACUUUGUUCUUCUGCAAAUUUUACCUGGAGAAAACGCAGCGAGAUUGUUACGCUACGCCCGCGAUCUUUCAACGAGUCCGUGCAUGUCGCGGUCGAGUAAUUUUCGAAAAAAAAAAUAUGUUA